UCAGAACCACCUGGAGAGUGGGAUGACAUCCCUAUGCGAGAUGAGACUGGAAGUUCUGCACCUGUUCUUCAAGCUUGUAAAAAAAACAACUUUAAGACUAUCUUGUCACCGCGGAUGGAACGUAAAGAUGCCCAUUAUUUACUGAUGGAUAUUUCAUUUGGCCAAGAGGAGGAGUUAUCUGGUCAGUCAAGCCCACUGCAAGUUCACCUUUAUGAUACAGAGUCCUACAUCAGACAAUUUCAAAGUGGUUGGUCCUCUGUAGACCUUCAGACUAAACCGUUCCCUAGAUCAGUAACUUUUUCCCAUCUAMGCAGCCACCUGAACCGCAGCCUGGCCUUGAGUCUGGGCCCAGUCACACAAAGCGGCUUCCAGAUUGCCUUCUCCUACACAGGAGCAUGUGUGAUUCUAACAUCUAUCAGACUGUUCUACAGAAGAUGUCCUGACAUUACAUCUGACCUGACCUCAUUUAGACCUGUUGGAGCUGGGGCAGGAGUUGUGUCAGGUUCUUGUGUGGUAGGGGCUGUUGAAGUAAUUACCCCUGAAAGAGAGUGCAAUAUGGAUGGUAUGUGGGGGUCACUGCAAGGUGGGUGUACCUGUGAACCAGGACAUGAAGAGAUGGAUAACACAUGUAAAGUCUGUAGGAUAGGAUACUAUAAAUCAGCCAAUGAGAGCAAAGGAUGCCAGUUGUGCCCACCAAACACCUGGACCCAGAAGGAGGGAUCAGAGAGGUGUGAGUGUCAGCAGGGAUUUGGUCACUUGCCAACUGACCCCUAUGAGCUAGGAUGCACAAAACCACCGUCUCCUCCUGUGAAUCUAACAGUUGUUCAUCAUAACAGUUCAUCAUUGUGGGUGGCGUGGGACCCUCCUCUUGAUUGGGGGGGCAGGAAGGAGCUGACAUAUCGUGUCAUGUGUGAGAAAAAAGCAGAAGCUGUCAGUCAGUGGGAGGCAUGUGAAGACAGGGUUGUUUUCCUGCCAGACUCAGAAGGGCUGACAGUUACCUCCAUCAACAUAACACAACUGAACCCAGAGUACGACUACAGACUGUCAGUGCGCUCCUGCAAUGAUUUAUCCACCCUGCAGGCUGGACCACACUCAUCAACUGCUACCAUCGUUAUUCACAGAAGUAAUUGA